GGUUAGCGACGGUUGGGGCCCUCGGUGCUUCUUUAAAAUGAAACUGGCCGGGGUUGGGAAUAGCUGAGCAUCGAAGCGCGCGUGGGGGCUGAGGCUGGGCUUGCGUGGAGCGGGAAGGCGGUCGGGACCCGCUGCUUGCGGCAGUGGGCGCCGCCGAGCGCAGGGCUCUAAGGGGGACGGCAACGCCGCUGAACCGGCGGCGGCGGCGAGCUUUGCCCUGAGGGGGUACAGAAGCGAGGCGUGUCCCCGCCGUGGCUGCGCGCUGGCCAUAGGGAGCAGCGGGAGGGUUUUGUUAUUCUUAUUAAUCAGCAAAGACUUGUCUUAAAACUUUCCUUUUUAAGAGCUACCCUCCACAUCCUCCAGCUGCCUCAAUGCAGCUUCAUUUUCCCAAAUUUUCUCUCAUCUUAAAAGAAUUCUUUUUUGUCUACCCCAUCUUCUAAUUUGGAUUUGCGAAAGAAGCUGAAAUAAGUGGCUCCAUUCCCCCGAAGCAAAGGGGAAAUUUAAAGCGGGGGGGAUUUCUUUCUCUUCCUGAGAGGGGAGUGGUUUUCCUGAAGAGGAAGCCAUCGAGCUAUUCUUAAGAAAGUUUCUUCUCUACCCCCUCCCUUUUUUUGUACGUGCUUUGGAAGGCUAGGCUUUAUUUCGUGCUGUGCCAGACUUUUAUCUUUUAAAAAGUAAAGACCUGGCAAGAGAGCUCCCAGCGAUCGUCGCCCACCUGCCGUUUGUCACAAUGUACAAUACAGUGUGGGAUAUGGAUCGCGAUGAUACGGACUGGAGGGAGGUGAUGAUGCCGUAUUCCACGGAGUUGAUAUUCUAUAUCGAAAUGGACCCUCCAGCUCUUCCUCCAAAGCCUUCCAAACCAAUAACUUCUGUAAAUACAAAUGAAAUAAAAGAGAAUUGCAGUUCUCCAUUGCAGGAUGCAGAAUGGUACUGGGGGGACAUCUCAAGAGAAGAGGUAAAUGAUAAACUCCGAGACAUGCCAGAUGGAACAUUCUUGGUUCGAGAUGCAUCAACAAAGAAACAGGGAGACUAUACACUCACACUGCGGAAGGGGGGCAACAAUAAAUUAAUAAAAAUUUAUCAUCUGGAUGGGAAAUAUGGCUUUUCUGAUCCGCUGACGUUUAAUUCUGUUGUGGAAUUGAUUAACCACUAUCAUCAUGAAUCUCUUGCCCAGUAUAAUCCUAAACUUGAUGUGAAGCUGAUGUAUCCUGUAUCUAAAUAUCAGCAGGAUCAGUUGGUAAAAGAAGAUAAUAUUGAAGCUGUGGGCAAAAAGCUUCAGGAAUACCACACUCAGUAUCAAGAGAAAAGUAAAGAAUAUGAUACAUUAUAUGAAGAAUAUACUAGAACAUCACAGGAAAUUCAGAUGAAGAGAACAGCAAUAGAAGCUUUUAAUGAAACAAUUAAAAUAUUUGAAGAGCAGUGUCACACCCAAGAACGAUACAGCAAAGAAUACAUUGAACGGUUUCGAAGAGAAGGGAAUGAGAAAGAAAUUGAAAGAAUUAUGAUGAAUUAUGAAAAAUUAAAAUCACGUCUGGGUGAGAUUCAUGAUAGUAAGAUGCGACUGGAACAAGAUUUGAAGAAGCAAGCCCUGGACAACCGAGAAAUUGACAAGAAAAUGAACAGUAUCAAACCUGACCUUAUCCAGUUACGCAAAAUCAGAGAUCAGUACCUUGUCUGGCUUAAUCAUAAAGGAGUGAGGCAGAAACGAAUUAAUGACUGGCUGGGAAUCAAAAAUGAAACUAUUGAAGAUACAUACUUUAUGAAUGAGGACGAUGAAAACCUGCCACAUUAUGAUGAAAAGACUUGGUUUGUGGGAGAUAUCAAUCGCAUCCAGGCAGAAGAUUUGCUUUGUGGGAAACCUGAUGGAGCAUUUUUAAUUCGAGAAAGUAGCAAGAAAGGCUGUUACGCUUGUUCUGUGGUAGCUGAUGGUGAAGUUAAACACUGUGUGAUCUACAGCACUCCAAGAGGUUAUGGGUUUGCAGAGCCAUAUAACCUAUAUAGCACCCUUAAAGAAUUAGUCCUUCAUUACCAGCAUACCUCCCUCGUCCAACACAACGACUCUCUCAACGUCCAUCUUGCUUAUCCUGUCUACGCACAGAUGCCCUCCCUUUGUAGAUAAAUUUUAGGAAGAUGAAGUAUAGGUGAAGUGUGGGUUAUCUCGAAUUUUUUUUCUACAAUUUUUAUUAGAACCCAGAGGGCAUUCUUUCUCCUUAGACUGCUUGUUUUGCACAAGAAGUGAUAUGAUGAAUGUGAAUGGGAAGCUUAGCAGCAACGGCUUCGGGAUAGGUACCAUGGUGCUACCUGAAGAUCAGCUGUGUUCAUAAGGAGACUGCCUCUUGAUUUCCCAAAAGGAACAAGAAAACUCUCAACUGUAUUUAAAAAUCCAUUGAAGCAAAACUGUAGAAACAUUUUUUGCCAGGUACCAUCAAUGGAAUUUCUACAUGGAUUUUGCUUUUCUGAGGUAUUGGUAAUGUCUUUCAGUCUUAAGCUCCAGGAAAAUAGGAGGGAGGCUCACCUAAAGAAGCUUUUCUCUGUUAAUUUUAGCAGCUUUGCUGCAAGUAAGACAAACUUACAAAUGAGGGCUCUUCUUGAUGUAGCAUGGUAUUUGGUGAGAGAAGACCAAAGGAAUUUUGGGGGAAGUUUCAGGUUCAUUCUUAAAAGAAUAUCCUCAAAGAAAUGUUGCUUUAUAUUUUACCAACAAUAACAAAGUUUCAGUUUCAACAGCACUACAGGUCUUCAAAUAAAAGAAAGCGAACUUUAUCCACCAGAACUUCUCUCAUUGCUGGACUGAGCACUUAUGGGGAUAAUUGCAUUUGCAAUCGCACACUUGCCAAAACUUGAAGAGAAAAUUAUGAAAGCUAAACCUUUCUCAUGUCAUUUUUAUAACUGACCUGAUGUAACUGCACCACUUUUCCCCAUUAGUUUUUAACAUUUUUCUUUUCUUAUAACAAUUUCAGAUUUUCUUUUUAAAAGAUACUAAGCUUUGGAAUGUAUACCAGAAUGAAGCGGGCUCUUGGCAUGUUUUGUAAAAUGCUAAAUAAUUUUUUGCUCUGGUUUGAAAACAUUGUUUGAUUUUGUUUUUAUUAAAAAAAAAUCCUUGAAAAGUGCAAUGGAUUGCUUCUCAGUGGCUUGCUAAACCAAAAAAAACAAAAACCCUAUGAGUGCAGUCUAUAUAUUGUUGAAACUGGCUACAAUAAUUUUACUUGUAAUAUAUUUGGAUUGCACCCUAAAUCAUUAAUUCCAUUGCACAGAUUGUAUACUUAUCCUUAUAAUUCAUUGUUGUUUUACCAUCAAUAAUAUUUGGGUAGCUGAAUUUUGUCAGACUACUCAAGCUAUAAAAGUAGUAGAAAUUAUCAGAAUAUAAGCAGCUCUGCUUGGUUUUCUGCUGUCGUCAGAUCCAUCUAGAUUGUGUGCAACAUCAAAUAAUAGCAAAUAAUGAGAACUGGAUCCACUAGA